GUCUAUCGAGGUCCUCUUGCAGCUUCAGUCCGAUUACUCAAGAUAUUCUCAUUGAGCACCUGUGCAGCGACCAUCGUUGGAACUCCAAUUCUAGCCUAUAAUGGUAAGAAAUCGAUCUCGAUCACAGCUAAAAUUAUGAUUUCUAGUGCAUUGAUAUCCGUUAGCGUAGCAACUACGGUAUUGUUGCACUGGUUUAGCAAACGCUAUGUAUUGCAAGCUUAUUCUAAUCCUACUGGAACCAAGUACAUGAUGGAGACCUACACUUUAUUGGCAAGAAGAAAGAAGAUCGAAUUUACACCUAACGAUGUCAAAUUACCCACUGCCGAUCGCAUGUUUUCCAAUGUCAUCAUUUUCAAUAAGCCGUACUUAUUCCACCCUGAAGUUAUUCAGCAUAAAGAUUUAUUAAUGUUAAUUACCGGUUAUAAU